AUGUCCGGGUACCCGGGCUAUCCUCCGUACGGCGGCUCACCUCACCCGUACCAGCCAUGCAACUCAUCGCCGUCUCCUGCGUCUGCGCCUUACUCCAGACCUCCCCCGCAACAACCUUCGCCUUACCCCGGAGCCCAGCAGGGCUACUCGCGUCCCCCGCCGCCCCCACCUCAGGGACAGCCCUAUGGUGUCUCGGGAUCGCCAUACCCUGGACAACAGCCACCUUAUGCACCGCUUUAUCCGCCUCAGGGGUCUCCUUAUCCUGGACCACAGGGACGCCCCGGACCCUCACCUGGAGCUCCUCCCGACCAAUAUCGGCCACCGCCUGGCCCGUACGGCCCGCCCGGUGGUGCGCCUGCGCCCCCAGCUCCUCCUGCCACCCCACAACAGGUUGCCGCCUACCGACAGCUGUUGAUUAGUACCAUCCAAGAGAAGAACCUCCAGAGCUUCUAUCCUUUGGAACGGUUGGACCGACUCGUCCAGUCGCUUGCCAACGAUGCACCGGGCAGGCUCAACAAGCUGACACACGAGUGGUCCGUCCCCAUGGAGGUUGCGACCGAUGUCAUGAAGCUCUCGCUGUUCGACGUGAUUCUCUACGUGGAUGACAGCGGGUCCAUUGAGUUUGAGGAGAAGGGGCUCCGAAAGGACCAGCUGCGACAGAUUCUGGGCAUCGUGGCUACUGCGGCCUCGACCUUUGAUCAGGAUGGAAUCUCGGUGCGGUUCAUGAACUCCAUGGAGUUGGGAGACGGGAUCCGUAACGCUGAAGACGUAGACCGACUGGUCUCCCGCGUCCGUUUCUCGGGCCUGACUCCGCUGGGUACUAGUCUGCGGAACAAGGUCCUCGAUCCGAUGGUGCUGGGCCCGGCCCGUGCCAACCGCCUUGACAAGCCCGUGCUAGUCAUCACCAUCACCGACGGACAGCCGGCUGGCGAGCCUCACGGUGCCGUGGGCGACUCCAUCCGCUUCGCCGUGGAGGAGGUUUCGCGCACCCGGUACGGUCGUGGCGCCGUCUCUUUCCAGUUCACCCAGGUGGGAUCUGAUACGCGUGCUCGUGAUUUCCUGUCGGCGCUGGACGAGGAUCCUCAUAUUGGCCAUCUGAUUGACUGCACUUCGAAUUUCGAGGUUGAGCAGGAUGAGAUGUCGCGUGCCAAUCCACCAGUGCACUUGACCCGGGAGCUUUGGUGUGCCAAAUUGAUGUUGGGUGCGAUUGAUGCUUCUUAUGACACCAAGGACGAGAAAGAUAGCGGGCGGCGCCCUGGCGGCGGUCCCCCGCCUGGACCACCGAUGGGAGCACCCCCGGGAGCACCCCCGUCUGGCCCUUACGGUGGGCCCGGGCUACCCCCGGGACCGGGUACCUACAGUCCGCAGCCCGGCUACCAGCCGCAUCCCCCUUACCCAAUGGCGAACCGCGGGCUUGCCUAUGGACAACCGCCGUAUGGGUAUGGCACUUCGUCACCGCACCCGCCACCCGGUGGACCAGGAGGCUAUCCGCCGUCUGGACCAUAUGGGCAUCCACCGCCACGUUAUUAG